UAAAAACUAUUAUUGGUGUGCAAAAGAUGUAAGCCUUACCAGAUACAGUCAUUUGUAGGUUUUACUUGGAUCCUUAUCGACUUGGUUCCAAUACAUUACAUAAAUACAUCCGGAUCGAGAACGGUGUUUAACGCGGACCAUCCUUAGUAACAUUGGCAAAAGGUUAAUAAUAAUAAUAAUGAAAAUGUUUAUAUGUCAGGGAUACAUUAACUACAGAAAUAACAUGAUCUAUGUUCUAGUACUUAUUGAUAAUUUAAUCAGUUAUUGAAGAAGAUUAAAUAAUGAUCAACAUAACGUGUAGAGGCGCGUUGGGUCAAUAAGGGCGGGCGGGCAAGGAGGCCGGGGCGGCGGGUGGCAGUAGGCGGCGGGGCGCGGCGGGGCAGCGCGGCGCGGCGGCGGGCGCGAUCGAUGGGCGGCGGGAGGCGGCAGUCGCGGCCGGCGCGCCGCUCCGAGCUGAGGUGGGUCUCACGACACCCGCCGCCACCGUCGCCACCGCCACCGCCGCAGCGGUAGGGUGCAGCAGAAAUGGACGGAGGCGCGGUGGGCAGCGUCGCGUCCCUCACGAUGGACUGCGAGGACAUGUUCAAGGAGAUCACAAAGAAGCUUUACGGUGAAGAGGCCAGCGUGGGCGUGGGUGUGGGCGGCGUAGUGGGCGUUGAAUUCCCGGCCGCCGAGCGGGACCUCGACGACGAAUUGCGUCCUGAGGAGCACAUCACCGCAUGGGGCCUCGCCGCGCUCAUGCAGAACGGCUUCCCACCGCCCGGUAUCCUGCAGGCGAACUUCACGCCGCGCAUAGACCCCACGGCGGAGGACCGGUGGACGGCGGCGGAGGAGCCGCUGGCGUGGGCACACUCUCGCAUCGCGGCGUAUAACCCGGCGCAGCGUCUGUUCAAGUGCGCGCACUGCGAGUGCGUGGGGUUCUUAGCGCGGGUCGCAGAGCACUGGCUGGGCACGCACUCACAGGCUCGCGCGUUCCAGUGUCCCCUGACGGGGUGCGGGUUCGCAUCAAGCUGGGCGCGCGGCGUGCGCCAGCACCUGGCGCGCGACCACCACUCGGACCCCGCCGCCGCGGACCAGCUGCUGCGCGACAACCCCGCGCUCGACGACCUCACCAGAUACCUGCAGCGCCUCAAAAACAAGGUGGAAUCAAUGCGUAACGAAAGGCGCGCCAGUGGCAGUAGCGACAGCGCACACACCGAAGCGAACAGCAACGCGGCGGCCGGCGGGGGCGGCGCCGCGGGGGAGGUUGGCAAGCGGUAUGCGUGCGGCGCCUGUCCCUACGCCACCGACCGCCGCGAUCUGUUCACGCGUCAUGAGAACAUCCACCGGGACGAGAAGCCGUUCCACUGCUACCUUUGCCAGAAACAGUUCAACCGCGCUGACCACGUCAAGAAACAUUUCCUGCGCAUGCACCGUGACCAGCCAUACGACCUGAACCGCAUCAGGCGCGCAGCCGCUAAGCCGCAGCCGCAACCGCAGCAGCAGCCGCAACCGGCACUGCAUUACUACAAGCCCCCGGCGGAACCGCCACCCGCGCCAGCACCCGCGCCAGCGCCCGCCCCUCCGCCGCCGCCGCCCGAGUACCGCACGUCGUCCGCGCACACUCCGCAGGCCGCACAGCCCCCACCCGUGAAGCUGGAGCGCGCACCUCUCAAAACGGAACCGACGCCGGCAGUCGUAAUGCUGAAGCCACCGCCGGCGCCGGCCGCACCUGUACCUCCACCUCCUCCUGCGCCAGCGCGUCGCAAGGGCGAGCGGCGAUACGCGUGCUGCUACUGUGCAUGGUCGGGCGUCGACAAUUGGUGCCUGAAGCGGCAUCUCAAUACACAUUUGAAGCCGUUUGCGUGCGCCCUGUGCGAGUACAAGGCGGCGCGCGCCGAGAGGCUUGCGACACACGUGCAUAAGGUGCACAACAAGAAAUCAUGCGGAAAAUGCCCGUUCCUGGCGGACGACCAGCACCAACUGGCGACCCACCUGCGUGACGCACACCACAUCGAAAGCAGGAACCUGAAGGUGCCAACGGGAACAGGUCGCGGAGGAGGCGCGGGCGGCGUCGGGUUUGCAGGCAGUGCGGCGGCGUUGGGCGGAGGCGGGCGGCGUGGGCGCGGGCGGCAGCGGCGGGGCGGGCGGCGGGAGGCGACGCGAGCAGCGCGCAGGGGGAGCUGCACGGCUUUUCGGAUAUCUGGAGGCGUCGGACGGUUCCGGUGACGAGUACGAGGCGCCGCCGCUGACAGGGGAGUUCGGCGCCGGCGGGCCGGGGAGCGCGGGCGGCGCGGGGAGCGCGGCGGGGGCGGCGGCGGGGGCGCCGCACUACGCGCGCGACAAGGAGAACGCGGCGCCGCUGCACCACGCGGUGCACCACGACCACUGCCUGCGCUACUAAUGGCGCCGCGCCACAUCGAGCCACACCGAGUGCGUGCGUGUUUGUUCGACAGUACACUUCACGCGUGCGUUCAGUUUGCGGUCGCGCUGAUAAUGUUAAGUGUUAAAAUCUAUUCGUUAAAUAUACUAUAAUGUUUCACAAAUGGAUUAUGUACAAAAUAUUAAACUAUUAAUAAUUAAAUUU